CGGCGGCGGCGCCGGCUGUAAUAGCUGCGGCCGCUGAGGAAAGGUGAUUAUGCAAAGUGCCAUGUUUCUGGCCGUUCAGCACGACUGCGGACCCAUGGACAAGAGCGCAGGCAGCGGCCCCAGGAGCGAGGAGAAGCGGGAGAAAAUGAAGCGGACGCUAUUAAAAGAUUGGAAGACCCGUUUGAGCUACUUCUUGCAAAAUUCCUCCUCUCCUGGGAAGCCCAAAACUGGGAAGAAGAGCAAACAGCAAACCUUUGUCAAGCCUUCUCCUGAGGAAGCACAGCUGUGGUCAGAAGCUUUCGACGAGCUGCUAGCCAGUAAAUAUGGUCUUGCUGCAUUCAGGGCUUUUUUAAAAUCGGAAUUCUGUGAAGAAAACAUUGAAUUCUGGCUGGCCUGUGAAGACUUCAAAAAAACAAAGUCACCGCAGAAGCUGUCCUCAAAAGCAAGGAAAAUAUAUACUGACUUCAUAGAAAAAGAAGCUCCAAAAGAGAUAAACAUAGACUUUCAAACUAAAACUCUGAUUGCCCAAAAUAUACAAGAGGCUACGAGUGGCUGCUUUACAACUGCCCAGAAAAGGGUGUACAGUUUGAUGGAGAACAACUCUUAUCCCCGUUUCUUGGAGUCGGAAUUCUACCAGGACUUGUGUAAAAAGCCCCAGAUCACUACUGAGCGCCAUGCCACAUGAGAGGAAAGAGGGAGCCCGGAAGUCGAGGGCAUGUCAUUGUUUUCCGAAGGAGAAAGGCUGCAGCCUGCCAAACAGACUGGCCUUGAAGUCAGGCUGGAUGUUCGGAGAACAUCACCCAGAACAAUUGAUUCAAAACUGGGCAGCAAAUGGGGAAGCUGGCGGCAGUGCUGGAGAAGCUUGUGUUGCGGCAGCUUCCCUAGCGGUGUAUAGUGCACAGGAAGAGAGCGGUUUAGAUGCGGUGUGUCUCACACUGGAAAAGCAGGAAUGUGGGACUGAAAGAUACAGUGUAAUACUGUUGGUCCAAAAACAUUUAAAAUCAUUAGGUCUGGGAUUAUGUGGCCUUAGCUGGCUGGCUGUACAUCUUUCCCAAAUCAGUUCAUGUCACCACACGAACUAGUGUUGGUUUCUUAGUAUUAAAGUAACAUUAAAUAAUGUUUACUGUGCGCAAGGGUAUUGACGUUCUUACGACUGCAGAUCAUCAGUACCAUCGUAUCACAUGACGCUAGAACUGAAUGGUCUGUAUUUGAAUUGUUAAAUGCUGUGUGUAAUGGAAUGAAUGCUGUUGUAUAGAAAACUACAAUGUCCAUUAUGAGUGUCAUAAACUGUCCUGAAGGCAGCUAACUAUGAGGUAGUCUUUGAAUACUUUUAAUAAAUUUAUUUUAAUAAAUAAUGUUAUUGAU